CAUCCAUAAUACUAACACCAGGCGUGCAGUUUCACCGAGCUUUGCGUUUCGCUUUCCGACUUUCCCAUCGUUGAUCCGGCCAUGUAGCAUCAAGAUGCCCGUUUUUACCUAAUUCAGUGAUCAGUAUAUCACCUAAGUGAGUGGACCUUCAGACUGCGGCUGGCCGCAGUUUUCUGAUAAACAUGGCGGAUCCUUUACAUGAGCUUCUGAGCCCCUACCUGGGGCUGCAGUCUCCCUCUGAAGAGACUUUGUCUGAAGACAGCAUCAUUUCCGAUUACCUAUCAAGCCUCUGCACUCUCUCAGUGUCUUCUCUGAACACGUCCGAGCCUCAAUCGCUCUCGCAAUCGCUACAAUCGAAACUACUAUCGCUUCAGGCGUUGUCGACACGGUCUUACAGCUCCUUGAUAUCAUCUUCGGACUAUCUUUCGACACUCCGAUUUCUUCUACCGAAAGUCUCGAGUGAUACAAACCAACUUCAAGAUGACAUCCCAGGGUUGGAUAAAGAAGCUGUUCGAUUUGCCCACACAUUCCACAAAAACGCCGAAAACCCUUUGCUUGUCCGACGGAAAAAGGCAAUGCUUCUUGCCAGGAACGUGGAUCGACUAGGAGACAUGCUUGACCUUCCGACUCUCCUUUCGUCAGCGGUCACGCCGCUAUCAACGAGCUCCAAUGCCAAUGCCGCGCUUGGUAGCCAAUACUCCUCUUCAUUCAACGCAAACUAUGCUUCAGCUUUAGAGCUGUUCGCACAUAUCAAACGACUUCGAACUUUAUAUCCGUCCUCUCCGCUUGUAGAUUCGAUUGUCUCUGAGGCCGAAGUGGCCAUGCGGGUUAUGACGACAAAUCUGAUUUCCAAUUUGAGAACUCAAGGCAUCAAAGUCGCUGGUGGGAUGCGGAUCGUUGGAUGGUUACGACGACUUUCCCCGGAACUCGACAAUUCACAAGGAUUUUCGCAAGCUGGGGUCAACCUCAUCUCACAGGAAGACGGUCUUGGCGCUCUUUUUCUCGUUUGCCGUCUAGCAAGCCUUGUUGCAAUGCUAGAAGCACUAGAUCCUCUUCGAGAAUUGGCUGAGCAAGAACUCGAGAGACGGGUGGCGAGCGAAAAGGCUCCAAAUGUGACUGAUGCCAACGGCCCUUCUUGGGCUGGCGGCCAGCAGACGGAGCGAUAUCUGAAACGCUAUAUUGAAAUAUUUCGUGAGCAAAGCUUUUCUAUUGUCUCUAUGUAUAAAAGCAUUUUUCCAUCGCUUGUUAGUGCUUCGGACGGGAGUAGGGAGCAACUGGCACCGCAGACAAAGUCAAAUUUACCGUCGCACUAUGUUAGAGACAUCAAAGCUGCAGCAGACCCAUCAGCGACAGAUCCUUUACAGCCGAUUCCUUCUUCGCUGUCUACGUUCCCUCUUCAUUUGGUCUCUUUGCUUAUUGAUACCCUACGAAGAUAUCUUCCCAGUGUCAAAGAUAAGGGUGCGCGAGAGAGUCUCCUCACACAAGUUCUUUAUUGUGCAGGAAGCCUAGGCAGGCUUGGUGGCGAUUUUAGUGUCAUGCUCGCAUUUCUCGAAGACAGCGACGAUGACGACAGCGAGGGAGGAGAAGAAGAUGAAGAGUUCGAGGUCGAGAACACUGAGGGCACCUCGUCAAAUUCUGUUGAAUGGGCGGAGAUGAUCAAAAAGCACCGUUUGCUUGCUGGGCGCCUGGAGUUACUAGCCAGUGGAGCUGGUACGUCUCAGAAUUGGUCCAAACGCCCUUCUGUGGGAACAUAGACGUAAAAAGACACUGUUUUCCACCUCUUGAUAUCACAUUAUACUGUAUUCUACGUUGAGCUCAAAUGUCUGUCGCCUUCUGGCUGGGCGUUAAGCUCUCAGGGGGUCUACCUAAAUGUUCUGUUGUUUGAUACCUCCUUUCCCAGGUCAUUUCUGUUCUCAUUUCGUGGAUUGCUUAGGCGCAUAUGAAGGGCAUCUGGCUUUGGAGAGAUUUAGAUGGGUUGGAAUACAAUUACUUUAAUAAGCAGC